CUGAUGUACGGGCGCCGAGCGAGCGGCGCACGUGGUGCGUCCGUUUGUUGUGCCACGUGACGCCGCUCGUCCAAUCGUGGGCGAGGAGGAACCCCGCCCUUUAAAGAACGCACAACCGCGCUCCGAGCGGCAUAACACAAGGUGAACGUUGAGCUGGCGAGUAGUCGACUGCGGAGCGAGCUAUCUAAAGAUAGGGAUUUGCCUGAGUGAUCUACCGUAUCCUCCAGGUGAGUUGACUGUUGUGCUCGGGCCUGGGGCGCGGUCCUCGCGUUGCGAACGGGUGGGCGCGCGCGGUCGCCGGGCCGACUGGUGCGAGCGUCAUUGUGUGGACUUCGGCGUCACGAGCGCUGGCCGGCGAGCUACAUAGUUUCAGGCCUAGCGCAGCUGACGCUGCCGUGGGAGGCUUUGAAAACCGGAUUUACAGGAAGUCGGGCUCGGCGGCAGUUUAGUGGAGUAAAACGGAGUUCGCAGUUGGCCUCGCGCUGCGUCGUCGUCGUCAAAGCCAUCGGAGCAGUGCUGUGUCGUUGGGAGCGUGCGGGCAGCUCAGCAAGCACUAGUGCGUUCCGGUUUCGUUGGAAGCGUGGCAAAAGCCGCCGAGGAGAAAGAAGGAAGCCCCUCGAGAGCUCGCUCACAGAACGUGCUGUCGUGCGAGUCUCGUCGUUCCCGGCAUGGAUUCCGCUCUGUCCAAGCUGUCCAAAAAGGACGUUCCGUACGCGAAAAUGGUGCCUCUGCAGAAGGACAGCGACAAAAGCGAGUUCGUGCAGGCGCAGGACGAGAGGGGAAUGCCUACAGAUACGAUGGACGACAUCGAGCUGAAGAAUGUUGAGCUGCAAUACCCUCUCAUGAGGUCCCUUUCGAGGAGCGACUCUUACACACAAGAGGAUCGCAUUGAAACGGACUUCGGGGCCAUGGUGGUUGCAGUUCAGGGGGACCGGAACAAGCCGGCCAUUUUCACUUACCAUGACAUUGGGUUGAACCACGUCUCCAAUUUCCAGGCAUUCUUCAACUACACCGACGUGCGAGACAUGAUGCAGAAUUUCUGCAUCUACCACGUGAAUGCGCCAGGGCAGGAGGAGGGUGCAGCACCCCUCCCCGAAGGGUAUGCAUACCCGUCCAUGGAGACACUGGCCGACAUGUUGCUGUUGGUGAUGAAGUUUUACAAGAUCAAACACUUCAUUGGAUUUGGCGUGGGGGCAGGAGCCUACAUCAUGGCCAAGUUUGCGCUGGAUCGUCCAGAGCUGGUGGAUGCCCUGUUUCUGAUCAACUGCACGGCCACCAAGUCAAGCUGGACCGAGUGGGGCUACCAGAAGCUCAACUCUAUGCACCUGCGCAGUUCGGGCAUGACUGCUUCUACCCUGGACUACCUCAUGUGGCACCAUUUCGGGAAGCUGAACGAGGAGCGAAACCACGACCUGGUGCAGGUGUUUCGUCAGUACUUCAACAAGACCAUCAACGCUCAGAACCUGGGGUUCUUCAUCGACACCUUCAUAAGGAGGUCAGAUCUGAACAUUACUCGGGAAAUGGACCCUGCCAAGAAGAAGAUGGUGAAGAACUUCAAGUGCACAGUGAUGCUGGUGGCUGGAGCUCUCUCCCCACACCUGGACGACACUGUCAACAUGAAUGGUCGGAUGGACCCCACAACUUCAUCUUGGAUGAAGAUUUCAGACUGCGGCAUGGUGCUCGAAGAACAGCCGGGGAAGGUCAGCGAAGCAUUUAGGCUCUUCCUGCAAGGACUUGGAUAUGCCUUGAACUCGUCUCAGCGACGGUCCUCUGCGGCUUCCUUGAAUGAAGCCCUGGAGAUGCGUCGCCGAUCCUCCCUCACUGCUUCAGCUCACAACGCAGUCCCUAGUCUCGCUGGUCAAAAGUUGAGCUCAGUGCGUCAGACUUCGCUCGAAGAGGAGGCCAACGCCAAGCAGGAGGUACACAUUGUUGAGAACCCCAUUAACCAGCAUCAGGUGAACUGCUAAGCACGGGGCGGAGAAAAUCAAGCGAAAUGGGACGGCAAGGGAGCUAUCGUGGCAGCGCACCUGCUAGCACGGACGCGGAGAGACCGGGGUGGUCGCGGAAAAAAGGGAGUGAAGAAACGCUAGACACGUGCAACUCAAGUGGACAAACCUGCUAGGACUGCAUGUGGCCAUGCCGCACGUCUGUCGGUACACUCACACAGACACAGAGGCAUGCACACUGAUGCCUUGCGUUUAGUACAACAUUUUUGUUUCAACCUUUUCUCAUGUUUUCCUGCCCAAAGGUUGUAAGAGUGGUUCUGUUGGUGUGGUUCUUGAAAUUUGCCACCCCGUAGUUCCAAUGCCUUGACUGAGCCACCUCUCAGUUUCGUGUGCAACUUUUCCAGGAGGAAAUUUGAGUGUGCAUGUGUCUCUUUCUGUGCGUGUGGCCUUGCUUGCACCGUUUUUUGACGACGAGCUAGCUUCGUUUGUAGUCUACUGCUCUCCAAAGUACAACGAAAAGAGAGCCACAGUGCUCGCUGGUAGAACACAUGGACGCUCCUAAUGCUAGACCCGAGAUGACCUAGGAGGACCAACCUUUUGACGCUUUUUCACCGGGCUGCUUUUUAAAAUGUGCGCAGUUCAAAGCUGCACACUACUGUUUCUCGCAGGCUGGAGCAUUUCCGAAAACUGCCCGCCGCGGGUUUCUCUGUGUGUAGGCUGGGUGUAUACAUGCUAAAAAGCAUGGUCAUUAUAUGCAAAUCUGUGUUGUGCAUAAACCAGCCAGCAAGAGUGAAAGAGGUUGUUUCCGAUUCUUUGUUCCGUUGUUGCAAAAGCAAGUGUUGAGUGUUGUUGUACUUACACAUGUGUGACCAAGGUUAAACAGGAUGCUCGAAACUUUUAAUUUCUACUGACGUUGCCUUCCCAUUUUGGUGUUAUGUGAAUGCGGGUAAAUGCAGACGAGUCCAUGCACUGUAUUGGUUUUGGAAGACUAAAAAGAGAGUAAACAAGGUUUGGGUCUCUUUUUUUUUUUUUUUUAGAGGUAGGGGCAUUGUUCGGCGUUUCUAUUGUAGAAGGCGGAUUGAGAUGGUGUUGUGUAUAAUACACAGUGCAUAGAUGACUGAUGCUUGCUACACAAGAAAUGUAUAAAUACUUUUACUUCAGCUCUGGGUAUAUAUUAUAUUACAUAUGUACUUUUGUGUGCUGCUCUUGUAAGAGAAACAGCCCGAGAAUUGUAUUUUUAUUAUAGUUUGUUCCUUGCAUCUGCAUGUGCAAUAAAGUGCAUUUGUGUUGCUAUGCAGGUACAUGCACAUGGUACAAAUAAAGUAAUGUCAUACGCAA